CUAGUCGCCUACAACCUCUGUUAGGAGGAAGGCAGGUGUCGAAGGAGGGAGCUCAAAAUCGAAAGUGCAGCUAACUCACGGCUUUCGCGCUGCGCGACGUUUAGUCUGUCGCGGUGUUCCGAUCUAAUGUAAACCGUCAAUCCUCCUCUCUAAGCUUUCUACUUUGUGAUUUCUCCUCGAUUCUUCCGGAUUUUGUCACGGCAGAAGAAACUAAUAACUCUCUUGUUUUAUGGUCUCACAAAGAUAAUCCACGAGGAUUUCUAACGAACUAUAAAGUUUGUUUCCGUAGGAAAGAAGAAAUAAAAGCGACCAAAGUGAGAUAAACAAGCAAAUAAAAUCGGAAAAUGUCGAAAUAUUAACGCAGGCAACGAAGGAUAAUGGCGAACAUCGCAUGCAUGCGCGGACAUUUAAUUUGCGUUUAACCGCGUAACAACAUGGAAAAUUCAUGCAGCUAUUACUUCCUCGUCUGAUAAAUAACAAGAAGUACCGUUAUAGUCACGUAAUUAUUCCAAUUCCGUGACGAUUUGGAUGCGAACUACUUUGAACUUAAAUUCCACGGAACGCUUCAAUCCGAUGAAGAAAUCGAUUAAGGAGGAGGCGUUCCCAUUUAAGUUAAGACGAAAUUGAUCGACUUUCCGCAGCAAAAGAAACGACGAGAGGAUCAUUGAUCGCUUCUGCACACGAGACACUUACGAUCAGGUCAUUUUCGUCGUAUCGGCAACGUUGUCCUUCGAUAUGCAAGAGAGACGGUAUGCGUGAAGACGGGAAAAUCGAACCACGGACAAUUUCAACCGAAAUGGCAGCUUCCGAACGCGCGGAGAACGGAAAGAGAAACGAAGACAAAGCAAUCACACAAGAUGAGGGAGCAUAUAUUUCUAAACUUCGGCAAGCAGUACCGCAAUGUUGCGCAGUCGGUGCUAAAAAUUUACUCCUAAUUACUUUUGGUUCAACCUUGGGUUUCUCAACUAUUCUUAUUCCGGCAUUACAGAAAGAGGAUUCGGACAUCAAAGUCACGAUGGAGGAAUUAACAUGGAUCGGUAGCCUGAAUUUAUUUCUGGUACCGCUCGGCUGUUUGGCCAGCGGACCGCUGUCGCAGUAUUUAGGCAGGAGGAAGACGAUGAUGCUAGCGAAUAUACCGUUCGUGAUAGCCUGGUUGAUAUUUCAUUACGCUAGCAAUCCCACGAUGUUACUCGCGUCGCUCGCGAUGACAGGGCUAACGGGCGGCCUCCUCGAGGGCCCAGUUAUAACUUAUGUCGCCGAGGUAACGCAACCCUACCUGCGUGGGAUGCUCUCCGCGACUUCUUCGAUGGCGGUGAUACUGGGUAUCUUUACGCAAAUGUUAAGCGGCAGUUUGGUCGACUGGAGAACGGUGGCGCUGAUCAAUCUGACUUAUCCUAUUCUUUGUUUCUUGGCUCUGUGCUUGGUACCAGAAAGCCCGCACUGGCUCGCCGUUAAGGGUCGUCUCGAGGAAUCGGAACACGCUCUCUGUUGGUUACGAGGCUGGGUAGGCCCGUCGCAUGUGCGCAACGAAUUUAAAGCGCUCUGCGAGUCGGUUCAGAAGCCGGCCGAUAACACCGGGUCCGACAAGGAAGAGAUCUGGCGAGCCUAUACGAAACGGACCUUCUACCUGCCUUUCAUUUUGGUCGCCACGGGCUUCUUUAUCAGUAACUUCGGUGGUAGCGCAACCCUGCAGACUUUCGCUGUCGUGAUAUUCGCGAAACUGAACGCGCCGAUCGACAAGUACACGGCCACGGUGUUCCUGGGCGUCGCCCAGUUAAUCGGCACCAUACUCUGCGUACUGACAAUUCAUCUCAUGGGAAAGCGCAAGCUGUCCUUCCUGUCGGUCGGCGGUAGCGGUAUAUGCUUUCUCAUUACCGCUAUCUACGGUUAUCUGAACGAGGCGGGUUACUUUGACGGAGUUAAGUACAGCUGGGUACCCACUACUCUCAUGAUAGGGGGUGCUUUCUCGGCGAAUCUCGGCAUCAGGACGCUACCUUGGAUUCUCGCGGGCGAAGUGUUUCCCGUGAAGGUACGCAGCACUGCAACCGGCGCGGCCGGCAUGAUUGCCUACGUUAUGGCGUCGAUCUCGAACAAAACUUUCCUCUACAUGAUAAACGGCAUGUCACUGUCCGGCACGUUUUUCUUCUAUUCUCUGGUCAAUCUUGUCGGCUUGUGUGUACUGUACGUGAUAUUACCCGAAACCGAGGGUAGGACCUUGCGAGAAAUCGAGGAGCAUUACGCCGGCAUACAAAAUCUGAAGAAUCGGCCGAGCAAGGAGCAACGGGCCGACAAGGAGAAGUGGGCAGUCACGAAUCCAGCGAUCGUGUAUGACGAGAGUGCCGAAAGUAAAUUGUAGAUUGGAAAUCGACUGGCAACUUUGCAAAUUAAAUUAUUUCAUAUUAACUAUUACAUUUUGGACUCGUGACAAAAUUAUCUAUGUAUGUCAAAUUAUACGAAAGAAAUUAUGUAGUUUCUCUUCUAUACGAUUGCAAAAUGCAAUUAUAUGUGUAACUUUUGUUUUAACGCGGAGUCAUAUAAUUAUAGAUAAAAUUUAAAUUUGAUUAAUUUACUCGCGAAUGUAAGCGUGUAUUGUGUAUAAGUGUGCGCUGAUUUAUUGCGAUACUUAAACGAGAACAUAAUUAUAUGUAUAAUUAUUUACAUGAAGAGGUAAGAUAAUCGUAGAGAUUAUAUGAAAUGAUUGAUGUUCAUCUAUUUGAUACAAUGGGAACAAGAUCGUUUAGCAAUUAAACUGGUUUUCCUAAGAAAAUUUCCGGGAAAGAGAAGAAAAAUAAAAGAGUUAGUGAUAUUGAAGAAUUUUAGAAAAUAAUACCUUUAUUUAUUAAUUUAUAUUAUUUAAAACAGAUAGGCGCGAUUGCCAUAAAGCGCUACUGGCAUCAGCGCUGAUGUAUUACUGCUGACUAAUCUUUAGAAAAAUAGAUAUUAAUUUUUCGAUUUUAAACUAGUCUUGAUUAUUUUUUGCCAAAAUAUAACUUUGUCUUAUAAUCAAAUAAAAAGCGAAAAAAAAGAGAGAAAAAGUUAAUGAAAAUAAAGUUUCUAAAGGUUAGCAGAAUACUUGAUAGACUUAUUUUGUUGACUUGAAUAUCAUUUCUUCGUUAUUGCUUAGGGAAACUUUUACAUUUUACAAAGACAUUUCAUUCUUUUAUUGCGAUUGAAUUUACGCAGAUUUAAUGAAAAUAAAAUCGAGGAUAAAUAAUGGGGCCUAAAUAGAAAUAAGCCUUAACUAUAUUAACGAACGAUAUUGCAUAUCAUUAUUCACUGUGAUGAUUCGAUAAUUUUUAACUAAACAUAGAAUAUAUAUAUUUUUACAAAAUGUAAAAUUACGCACACGUCAUAUUUUCAUAAGUAAACUCGAAUACUAGUUAUUAAAUAAUUUAUAUGCGCUCUUGAUAAAAAAAUCUCAAAUAAAAAUGUUUAUUAGAUUUUUAA